AUGGACAACGUUGUUGGCCAGGAAAAUAUUCGAAACAAUGUGGCAGAGGAAGAGAUAAUUUCAUGUAAAAAUGAACAAAAGGAAGCGGGGGGGAGGAAGGAAGUAGUUGAAGGAGAGGAUUCAGUACCUGAUAAUACGAUCUCAUCGACAGCGACGCAAAAGGACGUUGCUGUAGGUGACAAAAGUAGCACAACGGAUACUUCAGCAAUUGCAGCUAAAGUACCGAUAGACAUUUCCACUUCACCGAAAAACAGCAUAGACACCUUUCAAUCACUCCCAACUUCACCAUCUGACCUUUAUAAUACAGCACCACCUGAGACAUUAACAUCGACAAUAAAUACCUCUAAAAUAAUAGUACCAAAACGGAUUGUUCGAAUAGAAAGAGAUUAUUCUCGUGGAGAAAUGUGUCAGUUCCGUACAACAUUUCCAAUAGAAAUUGAAGGACGGAUAACUCCAAUACAAUUUAGACAAACAAUCAAUAGAUUAAAUGAGCUUUUGACAAAAGCUUUCAAUCCAAGGAGCAAUUGGUAUGAUAACUGUCUUGCCUGCGUAACAAUAUAUACAUCAACUUUAUGUACACGAUCACAUUACGAGAAGCCAGUUACUUACGUAAAUACAUUAUUACCAAAUACUUGGAAAUUCUCUCCAACUUGA